AUCUUCCUUUAGUACUAAGAGGCUACAAGUCUAUUGGCUGACAGCGGACUUCAGUGCAUUCUAUCGCAGCAACUGAAAAAACAGGAACUUAAGAUGAAACCAGAUACCGAGUGGAUUGUUAUCACAGUCCUCUACGCCAUCACGAUGCUCGUAGCGUUUGCAGGGAAUAGUUUCCUCAUCUACAUCGUGUGGAAGAAACCUGAAGUCAGAUCACUUACCAGCUUUAUGUUCGUCAACAUUGCUAUCGCUGAUUUGCUUGUAACCUUGGUAGUGAUGCCCUGGUCGAUUUCCAUAAUAUAUACAGGUGGUUUGUGGAUGAUCUCGGGAGUAUUUGGAAAGGUCAUGUGCAAAGGUGUUGUAUACAUUGCCUACGUCACUUUAACAGCAUCCAUCCUCUGCCUGACUUUCAUGGCGAUCGACAGGUACUAUGCCAUCGUUCAUCCCCUCCGCCGCCAUCUUUGGUUUCGAAAGCCUAAACUAACCGUUCCAUUUAUUUGGAUCGGCUCACUGGUCUCCAUGUCCAUUUUCCUUGUUAUUCAAACCGUGGAAGACUACAAUAAUUCUUCUUAUUGUAUGCUAUCUGUUUACAUCUUGGGUGAUCCAGAUAGGGCUCUUCGAGGAAUAUACCUCCUACUUUUCGUCGUCAACUAUCUCGUCCCCUUGGUCGUUAUUUCUUUCCUGUAUACCAUCACUGCAUGGAAUU